UUGUAACCCUAAUACUUCUACAAAUUAAUUAAAAAUGAAAUAGUAAAAAAAUAUAUUAGAAUUUAAACCUUUUAUGUUAUUUCUACUUUUAAAUUUUUACCCACAAUCUAGUUGGCUUGUUAUACAUAGAAUGUUGUUUAGAAUUGUUGUUUUAUAAUGGCAUUUACCAAAUUAUUUUUGAGUGUAAGAUUAUUAUGUAUUGAGGCAAAUUUUGCUAGAACGGUUUUGAGGAGUUAUAGUGGAACAUUAGAAGCACCAGCUUGUAAUAAAAAUGAAGAAAAACCAAAAACAGAUAAGACCUCUGCUUCUGGACCACCAUCAAGAAAGGGUGUGGUGCUUGGAGUGUAUGAAGAAGGUGAAAAAUUCUCUUUAACACCUGCUGCUGAGGAAAUCAAUCAGAAGAGUGGGGGAAAGCUGUGCAAACACUUAAAUGAGUUAUCGUGCGAGCUGAGGCUGGGCAAAUCAUUUGUGGUGACGGACGUGGUGGCAGACGGUGGUACCGUGGCCCUCGCCUCUCUUGGACCGCGCGAUCCUCCUCACGAUACACAGGAAAGCCUGGACGAGGGGAAGGAAAACGUACGUGUGGGCGUGGGUGCGGGAGUGUCGUGUCUGCGUUCGCGUGGAGUGAUCGACAUCGCCGUGGAUGUGGCCGGACACCCGCGCGCCGCCGCGGAGGCCGCUCAUCUCGCCGCUUGGACUUUCCAAGAGUUCAAGUCCACCGUGGGCCGGAAGAGCGAGGUCCGCCUGUCUGCAUUGGGAGGCGAUCGGGGAGAGUGGUCGUCGGGCGUGGUGCUGGGCGAGUCACAGAAUUGGGCGCGGUACCUCUGCGACAUGCCCGCCAACGUCAUGACGCCCGCCGGCCUGGCGCAGGAGGCGCUGGACGUGCUGUGUCCACUGGGCGUGCAGGUUUUGGUGCGCGAGCGCAAGUGGGCGGAGGCUCAGCGCAUGGAAACGUUCCUGAGCGUGGCUCGGGGCUCCUGCGAGCCGCCUUUGUUGCUGGAGUGCCAUUACCGGCCCGAGGCCGACGCUCACGGCCCGCCCGUGCUGCUCGCCGCCACCGGCGUCACUUUUGACAGCGGCGGCUUGUGCCUAAAGUCUCGGACGCAGAUGUCCGAGGGUCGCGGGUGCAUGUCGGGAGCCGCCGUCGUGCUGGCCGCUCUGCGGGCGUUAGCUCUAGCUAAGGCGGCGAUAAACGUGAGCGCAAUAAUUCCUUUGUGCGAGAACAUGGUGAGCGGGCAAUGCCUAAAAGUGGGCGACGUGGUCACGGUCCUCAACGGGACUCGCGUGCAGAUCGAGGAUACGGACAUGGAGGGUCGCCUUUUGCUAGCAGACGCGUUGGUGUACGGUCAGACCCUGCUCAAGCCUGCCCUGGUCUUGGACGUGGCCGCUCUCACACAGGGCGUAGCCCUGGCGACGGGUGGCGGCGCCUUCGGGUGCUUCAGCAACAGCGACUCGGCGUGGAGCGGACUCAGAGGCGCCGGCGCAGAGACAGGAGAUCGCCCUUGGAGGCUGCCGCUCUGGGCCUACUACGGGCGCGACAUCCAAGCGGACCCCGCAGUGGAUCUCAAAAACCGCGGCUCGUGUCCGGCUUCGCCUUGCGUCGGCGCGGCUUUCCUCAAGAAUUUCGUUUGUGCCGAUUGGAUGCACCUGGACAUCACGGGCGUCAGCAAGUUGGCUCAUGCGCGCGCGCCUCCUUACCUGGACCCGUUACGGAUGACAGGUCGGCCCACUCGCACUCUGGCCACUUUCCUGACGAACACGGCGGGCUCAAGUGGGAAAUGAAACAUUUAAAUGAAUAAAGCUUGGGAGACGAAUAAAACACGAAUGCUUAUUGACCUAAAAAUGAAGAAACAUUUAUUUUCAGUAUGUCUUUUGUAAAAUUGAAUAACAGAAUGAAUUAAAUGUAAUUCAACAACAGAGUGGAUUCGUCAAAUUUCGAUACAAUUAUUUAGUUCCACAAUAGAAAUAUAAUAUUUAUCAAGACAUUUACAGCUUCCGAAGCGACCGGGCGGCGGCCGGGCCUUCGCCCCGACUCGUAGUUCCACUAUUUAUGUUAGAUUAACGAUUAUUAAGCUUCGAGUAAACUUUUACCUCUUUAUAAAUACCGUAAAUACGACGACUUUACACAGAUGCGAGAGAUGAAUAGUGAAACUAGUCAAUUUACAAUUAUAAGAUAAUUAUUAUUAAUUACAUUUAUACGGGAAGCGCCGACGAGUCGACGCAGAAUAUAUCUUUUAACGCUAUUAAUUUAUAAUGACUUACAUAAUUAAUUUGGACUACAACACAGUUUAUUAAUAAAUAUAAAAGACCUCGACGCGAGACGAGGAUGGAGGCGAAAGGGAUCCGCCGGCGAGGACCGGCCGACGCCCGACUUGUUGGGUUUGCAAAUUUAUCUCACGUAAUUAUAAAUAUCUCAUACUAAAAAAAAUACAUUAAAAGGUGCGGACGCUAGCGCCGCGACACGGAGGCACGCACACACCCACACUCUUGUCUCCUUAGCAUAGUUAAAUUAACGGAAUACUUUAAGUCUAGUCCUCGCCGCUAUACAAUUAUACCAUUAAACUGAAACGAUGACAAUAUUUAAUUUAUCGCAAACACUAGAGAAAUGCAGGUCCAAUACGAUGUUAAUAUUGUGUGU